AUGGUGGCUCGCCACAUCGACCAUGAGGGAGCCCGCGAGCUCAAGCCGAACGAGCCCCUCGACAUUCUGUACAACCCCGCGCUCAUGGUGCCCUCGCCCGUCCCCUUCGUGCCGCUGAGCUACGACAUUGCCGUCGCCACGGGGCAGCGGACCACACAGCCAGUACACCGACAUCUACGGCACAAUCAUGACGGUGGCCAUGUGUGCGCUGGCCGGCCGCCCUGCAUGGGCGACAUCAUUCAUGGGCUGGGAGAGCUCGGUGCGAGUUGCCGAGAAGCGUUGCUUGAGUAAGCACAGAGUGUCUGAAUGGGUGCGCACACAGCUGCUGUGGUGUCCCCAUGCAGUCGCUGGCUACAUUUUAUAUCUCGAACGUCCCGUCUUCCUCAACCCUGCGACGGUAAGUCCAUAUCCAAGAUGCGCCUCCUUUCUUCUCGUCGCAGACCGAAUCGUACGGCAUAGGCGCGAGACACGAGAGCAUUGGGUAGCGUCGAAGAGUCCCACCCACUACGUUUUCAAAGUUUCUGUACCGCUUCAGCCCCACUCUCUCCCCUUACCCAGCCGUCGCUGCAUCGAUGCCCGGCGACCGUGAGGGCGUCCUCCCUCGACGGGACGUCAACUGGGUGUGGUACUGGCGGCCUGUCGACCAGGAGGUGAAUCUCAGCGACGGCUACCUGAAGAUCAGCCAGCCAGGCUGCUGCUGGGGGUCGCGGACGGUCUACAUUGACCUGGGCGACAAGCGCAUCUGCGUGGCGGCCCGCAAGCUGCGAGACGACGGGCGGUACUUCAACUUCAAGAACAUCCCCAACGCGCUGCUGGUCUGGGUGUGUCGGUGCUGCUUUGCAGGGCAUUCCCAGGACCACUCCAUUCUCGCCGACACGCCUCUUCUCGUUCCUGCGGCCGCCCAGCGACCUGUCGGCUCGCCAGGAGCCCUUCAACUGCCACACCAAGGCGCGUGACAUGGUGCCCAUCGGUUUCACCCCCACCGAAGAUGGCGUGUACCUGAUCACUGACCAGGAUUACCACGCCAACAAUCACGCGGACACGCAGACCGCCGCCAGUCGCCUCGCGGGGCAGGCACUGCACACCAUGCUGGGAUAUAUCAUUGCAGUGGGGCCCCAUCGACAUAUCCCCCUCGCUCAUUCGGCAGUUCGAGGCGUCGCCCAUCCUCGCCCACACCGUCAAGACCGACCAGUGCCUGCUCUCCCUACCUCUCGAUGAGGCGCGGGCUGUGGCGUGUCGGUGUAUCCUUUGCUCAACAAGGCCAUGUUCGGUGGCUACGACGACACGGGCAAGAAGGGCACCGUCGACUUCGACACAUGCAGCAGCACUGAGUGAGUGAGGAAAUUAUCAAUGGCGCGCGUCUGACACAUGGGAUCUAUUUCGAUUGCGUGUGACGUCAGGCUGAUAGCCCUCUAUGACGGGGCAAGAGGGCCGAAGGCCUGCUUCGAGUGCAGGGACUCCGCCGAGCUGGACGAGUGGUACAACCACAUCAAGUGGGUGGUGCACCACGAAGCCGUUGACAACUUGGUUCGCUUUCAAUACAUACUUGCAAUCCUCACUUACGUAACCUCAUUUCUCUCUCUCUCUCUCUCUCUGUGUCCGUUUCAUUUCCCCAAUCUGUCUGUCUGCAGAUGUUGGAGACGUUCAACGAAGGCGGUGUCCCUGCCGUCUUGCAGUCAACGGCCCUUCAACAACUGGCAGAUCUCCCAUCUGCCAACCGACAUUUAG